CACAUAAAGAGGAAAGCGCGUCGGCGUCCAUCUUGGGGGCGGGGCAUCAUUAGGAAGAAGAAGAACUACAAGAAGGGAACGGAGGAAGAGGAGGAGGAUGAAGGUGUGGAGCCUGAGCCGGAAAUGGGGGUACCCAGCGACUCCUGUCUGACUCAGGAUGAAGAGUCUUCCUGUGACACCAUGGACCCUCAGCCCAACGGACACCACACAAACCCUCACACACACGGCAUCUCCACGGAGGAGGAGAGCUCCAAUGAGCCCCCCGAGGCCCCUAGGGGCCAGAGGACCAAGACCCAAGGGGAAAGCAGCACAGGGACAGGGCCCAAGGAGGAAGAGACAUCAGCUACAGACGACAAAGCCAAUUCUACAUCCACAGACAGAGACCUCCAGUCUAAAAGUGAGUCUUCCCCAUGUAAAAGUGAUGAUUCUCAUUGCAAAAACAAGGAGCCUCAAUCCCAGGAGAAGGAGAUCCAGUCUAAAGAUGAGGGUUCCCAAGCCGAAAGCGAGAACCCCCAAGCCAAGCCUGAUGAUCCUAAGCCUAAGGAGGAAGGUUUCCAGCCCAUGGAUGUUGAGGAGGUCCAGCCUAAAGACGAGGAGGUCCAGUCCAAGGCUGAGCAGCAGUUGUCAGCCCCCACGCCGGCCACAGCACCCCCUGUCCCUCAGGAGGAGUGUGUGAACGGGAAUGAGUCCAUGGACAGCCUGGAUUCCCAGGCCCUCAAGAGCUCUGAGAGAGAGGGGCCUACAGAGGUCAAAGGUGAAGGGUCAGAGGGGGAAGAGGACGUGUCGGCUUCUGCAGUGAGCAGAGGAACUCAGGAGCGCCGCCCUCAGGACGGGAGGACAGGAGACACGGAGACGGGUGAGGAGGAGCAGGACAGAGAAGGUACUGAGGGGUUAUCUGUGGCUAACUUUUACCUACUCCUAGUGCACCAUAGCUGUCUUGGGGUAGAAUCCUGACUUGAUAUAUGCAUGUCUAACUCAGACUUGCGUUUAAAUAAUGCAUCAUGUCAGUGGGUUAAUUUGAGUUACUCUGAGUACAGAUGGCAAGUUCUGAUCUUUCCCCGAGAGCACCAGACGGACUAGAAACACGUCCACAGAUUUGAACACGGUCAGCCUAACCUCGCAUUACUUUUUCAUUCACUGUAAAAGAACCGAAAUAUAAUCAUUUUGUUGAUUGUCAUCCAAGAUAUUUGAUUUACACUGGGUUUGCUUGUAAAACGUCAGGGCGUGAAUUAUCCAAGACAUAUGGCAUGUGAAAUAUGAAAUACUAUCAGACAGCAUAUUUCAAUGAAACCCUCAAAAGUCUCUGAGGUCUUGUACCUUUGUAGACUAUCCAAAACCACCCUUAAGAUUUAUUUUUUUCUCUCUCACAUAAUUUUUUCUUUGGGCUUGAACCGUUGGCCAUUAAUUUAGUGGCGUGUAGUGUCUGGGACAAGCCAAUAGGUCUGUGAGUUUGUCAGCAUGUGUGUGUGUGCACAUGCAUUUGUGGCUGUGCAUGCAUACGUACACAAUACACCGUUACAGUACGUGUGUGUGUGUGUGUGUGGUGUCUGGGACAAGCCAAAAGGCCUGUGUGUGAUUUAACGACUCAGGGCUGUGGAUUAUCAGGGGCCAGCUGGAAACCCGGCGCUACUGGGUGAUUUGGAAGGACUGGGGUAGUAGAGGUGGCCGGGGGAGAUUUCUGCUUCCUCUGUUGUGGCUUUUUUGGAUCCUACAGACAGUGUAUUACCACUAACGAUGGUAGCAGUAAACUAUAAGCCAACAGAUCACAGGCUCUGAAUGUAGCGGGCCAGCUGUUCUUCUCAUCUUUGAUUGUCAGGCCUUUGCUUCCAUCCAAACAAGCCUUGGUGUAUGGAUAUGCUAUGGUUCAGUAUGUUCUAAUAACCUACCUGGAGAAAUGAUGGUGAUAAACAUAUAGGUGAAAGGCGAGAUUGUAGGUGGGCUGUAUCAUUGACCUGUUCUCUCUUCCUGUUCCAGGCUGGUCCAAGGGGAGGAAGUGCAGAAUGAGCCAAUCAGAGCAGUCGAAGGGAUCAACUGACAGGACAGAGGAGCCUCCACAGAUCCCUCCCCAUCCACCACCUGCACUAGUGGUCGAUCAACAGAGACUCACGGUAAGUGAUGGGGUGUGUGUGUGUGUGUAUUACCUCCUAAUUAUUUUCUAAGUAAUGCUGAACACAUCCCCGAGUAUGAAAGUAAUGAGUUGUGUAAUAGUGGUUGUGUGUUGUAUUUUUAGCACAAUGCCCUUCCACAGCUUACGGUCUUGUGAAAACGCCAUUCAUCCAUUCAUGUUAUCUGCAAUGAGACCAUUUAAGCUGUGCCAUCCCUCCAGUCAUUUCCUAGCCACAUUAUAACUGGCAAUGUCCCCUUCCUAAUCCCAGCCACACUACACGCUGAUCUCCAAGGCUUCCCUUUCUCCUUUCAUCCCUUCAUUCUGUCGCUCCCAAGCCCAGAGCCACAUGAAAUGGUAAUACAUUUUUACCGUUAAAUCAACAUUAGAGACUAAUUCUGUCUCUCAGAUGGGAGAAAAUCACCAGUCAUUUUAAUGGGCCCUAGUCAAUGCUGUUGAGCAGCUGAUGAGGGAAGUGAGGUUUGGGCAGAGGAAAGGAGCAUGAGGGGUGGAUGGGGUGGGGUAGACUAUGACAUGGGGAUUGAAGGAAGGAGAAAAAGUUAUUGGGGGUGGAUGGGGGACUGGCCCCUAAUCCUCCCCAGGCUUGUCAGGUCUUCUCUGGGUCUGCUGGUGUCACUCUCCCCCUUUUCAGAUGGAUGCUCCUGAUUUCCCAGCCUAAUAUAGUCUCCUCUUGUUCGUGCUCUGUUGGAGACCCAAGUCUGCCCUCACUCUGUGUGUGUGUGUGUGUGCGUGCGUGCGUGCGUGCGUGCGUGCGUGCAACGAGAGACACUUUACAUCCUCAUCAUCCGAGAGGAAGGCUCCAAUAUUAGUGGCAGACAACAGGGCAUCUCCACGUCUUCACUCAAUCAACAGGUGUUGUUCCUUCCAUACGGCCAUUUUAAGAAUGCAGCCAGGACAUGACUCAAACAUGAGAUGCUCUCUCUGCGCUCUCUGCUCUCCACACUACCCGCUCCGUCAAGUUGGUCUCUGAAUAAAUAGAUUGACAGAAUAAAAAGUGAAUAUGUGAAAUGAUUCCCAGGCACUUUGCACGGUCACACUUAGGUUCCACCUAAUACCCCGGGUAUAAAUUGGAGCCGUGCUCUCUCUUCACUCCCUCUUAUCCUAGGGACUCUUCUCUCUACCAACCGACCACCCAAACGACCCUGGUAAGAACAGGAAGAUACAAUAUAGGUCUGAUCUAAUAGGUGUAAAGGAAGUGUUUCUGUGUCACGCGCUCCAUCUCUCCGUUCUCUAGCCCUCCAUCCCACUGCGACAUCCCGACGAUCCCCUGCUAUCAAACCAUUAUCUCCCUGUGGUUAGCAUCGCCACAGGGUGGCGGCAGAGAUUGAGGGGUGCGCGGUUCCCGUCUCUCAAAGUGAUUGACAGGUCUGAUCCUUCCGUCUGGUCACAGACUGGUCGCGGUGGACCGACGCUUCCGAUAAAGACUCAGAACCACGAGUCGUGGGUGAUAGACUUCACGAACUGUGGGAACACUCCCUCCCUGUGAACGCACACAUCACUAAUCUGGAGGCUUAUUUGUUAGGCGGUGGAAAGAAGAGGAGAUAUCUUUAAGAAACAGAUCGUGAAAAGAGGGCACUGUGACUAAUUGCUUUUUCAUCCACCUGGUUUACGGAACAAAUUGAAUUUCCGGUGAGCGGGGUGAGAGUGCGUUUAAGGCUGAUAUCUCCACAGUGGUCGGUAGGAUUGGCUCGCUGCCUGAUAUUAGGAGAGGAAUGGUGUGGAACGUUCCGCUACUCCUCUCAUCUUCUCUUAAAUUCAUAUUCAUUGAUUGGAGAAGUCUCAUUACUUCUGACAUUUAACUUGGAUGGCAGGGCACCUGGAAUCCCUUUUGGAAUGAGCUAAAACUCUGCUAGUUUGUUCACAGUCCUCACACUGAGGUUCUUGAAAUGGUUUGGCUCCAGCAGUGUUCUUCAACCCUGCUCCUGGAAAGUUACAUAGUGUGCAGACUUUUGUUGCAGCCCAGCACCAACACACCUGAUUCUACUUAAUAGCCAACUUCGUGGUGGUUCGUUGAAUCAGGCAUGUUAAUGCUGAGCUGGAAGAAAAAUGUGCACAUCCCCAGGACCAGGUUGAAAAAACUAGUGAAGCACUGGCUUCCUGCAUUACUCCCAACCCCUCUGUUUCAUUAAUAAUCGGCACUUGAACACAGACGGACAGAAAAAACCUUCAUAAAGUAUUCACACCCCUUGACUUUUUCCACAUUUUGUUGUUACAAAGUGGGAUUAAAAUGUAUUUAAUUGUAAUUUUUUGUAAAUGAUCUGCACAAAAUACUUUAAUGUCAAAGUGGAAGACAGAUUCUAACAUUUGUAAAAAAAUAAAUUAUCAUAAUAAUACAAAUAAAUUGUUUAAUCUUUAUUAGAUAAGUAUUCAACCCCCUUAGUCAAUACAUGUUAGAAUCACCUUUGGCAGAGAUUACAGCUGUGAGUCUUUCUGGGUAAGUCUCUAAGAGCUUUCCACACCUGGAUUGGUCAACAUUUGAAUUAUUGUUGAAAAGAGUAUGCAAGCUCUGUCAAAUUGGUUGUUUAUCACUGCUAGACAACCAUUUUCAGGUCUUGUCAUAGAUGUAAGUCAAAACUGUAACUCAGCCACAUUCCCUGUCUUCUUGGUAAGCAACUCCAGUGUAGAUUUGGCCUUGUGUUUUACGUUAUUUUCCUGCUGAAAGAUGAAUUAAUCUCCCAGUGUCUUGUGGAAAGCAGACUGAACCAGGUUUUCCUCUAGGAUUUUGCCUGUGCUUAGCUCCGUUCCGUUUCUUUUUUAUCCCGAGAAACUCCCCAGUCCUUAAAGAUAGAUUACAAGCAUACCCAUAACAUUAAAAUAUGGAGAGUGGUACUCCGUAUUGGAUUUGGCCCAAACAUAACACUUUCUAUUCAGGACAAAAAGUGAAUUGCUUUGCCACAUUAUUUUGCAGUAUUACUUUAGUGCCUUGUUACAAACAGGAUGUAUGAUUUGGAAUAUUUUUCAGUCUUCCUUUCACUCUGUCAAUUAGGUUAGUAUUGUGGAGUAACUACAAUGUUGUUGAUCCAUUGGCCGAAUGGUGAUAACCCUGAGAAUCCUUUUUUUAUGGGCCUAAUAAUAAAGACAUAAUUUAACAGUAAAUAUGUAUUACUAUUUAAUGUGGCAUGAACACAACCAGUCAUGAUGCUUUCGUCUGAUUGUCAAACAAAUCACUUAAAAAAAAGUAGGCUACCUGUGCAUGUUCGUCCACUCCAAAAUAAUCCAAACAGUGCAAUGCAUGUACUCUCGCGCUUGCAUACUUCCCCCUCAGGAGACUGAAAAGAUUUGGCAUGGGUCCUCAGAUCCUCAAAAAAUUCUACAGCUGCACCAUCGAGAGCAUCCUGACUGGUUGCAUCACCGCCUGGUAUGGCAACUGCUUGGCCUCCGACCGCAAGGCACUACAGAGGGUAGUGCGUAUGGCCCAGUACAUCACUGGGGCCAAGCUUCCUGCCAUCCAGGACCUCUAUACCAGGCGGUGUCAGAGGAAGGCCCUCAAAAUUGUCAAAGACUCCAGCCACCCUAGUCACAGACUGUUCUCUCUGCUACCGCACGGCAAGCGGUACCGGAGUGCCAAGUCUAGGUCCAAAAGACUUCUCAACAGCUUCUACCCCCAAGCCAUAAGACUCCUGAACAGCUAAUCAUGGCUACCCGGACUAUUUGCACUGCCCCCCCACCUUUCUGAAAAAGGUGGGUAAACUGCAUUUAGUUACGUUUACCCUCUGCUAGGCCUAUACUACUGCCAGUACUCUACCCUCUCAGCCGAGGAAAUGUUACACAUAUGAACACACGCAGAACAGGUAGCCUACAUUCAAUAUAAUACACAAGUUGAAUCAAAACAUGUUUUACACCCUAGUUCAUGAGUUGUCCAUAAUUCAUGAGUUGAAUGCUUGGAGUCUUCACAGAUCGUGUGACAUAAAACACUACCUUUCUUUCCUUACAUUAAUGACAUUUAUGACAGAGUUAUUUGUAAUUAUUAAGCAUUUAACAAUUGAAUUAGAACAUUGAAUUUAAACCCUAUACGAUUCCUUGAUUUUGGAGAAAUUCACUGUAAGUGUACCUAUGCCUAAGUAACAUUUAAUUAUGUUUCGCCGUGAAAACAGUUCUCAUGGGCACACAAAUCCAAAAUAAUGUAGCCAUUGCGAAAUGGAAUGCUAGUGAUAUUGGCAACCAUCAUCAGCUGAUCCAGGAAACAACAAAUGUUGAUAGAAAAUAAUCAAGCUAAAUAAUUGGUCUACUACUUCUGGCCACGGACGGCACGGAGAACAGCGAUAGGCUACCCGCGUGCACCUGAAAAACAAAGCAAUGAGCGCUCUAAACAGCUGACUGUUAAAAGCAAACAAUGAUAAAUCAAUGAAUAAAUCUAAAGCAUUGGAAUAAAGGCAAUUUUUUUUAAAUCAAGGGCAUAUGGCAAACAAAUGGCCAAGAUGAGCAAGUACAAAGGAAAAUCUAUGCGUUUAAAGAAGCUCAGCACUACUGAGUGGACAGCGCCGUGGACAGAGAGAAGGUUUGCCGCUACGUAGAAAUAAAUGGUUUAAACCAUGAGAGAGGGGGGGAUGUUGGUUUCAUUUGGAUGUUUUUAUUUUCAUUUUUGCCACUGUAAAACAUAUUUACCCCUGAAUUUUAAACAAAUAGGAGAAUGGUUAAAUUAGCAUUAUUUACAUCCUCCCGAAGUUUGACUUUUUUUGCAUUUAGGGGAGCUAAUGUCUCAUUCAGGGUAGCUGAGCCCCUCCUAGCGUCCCCAUAAUUCGCACACUGGGAAAAAGUCAAGGGUGUGAAUACUUUCUGAAGGCACUGUAAGUACCCUAGAUUGCAGCAGAAUCAUCAUCUAUCAGGGAAUCAAUUCUAGUCGUAUUAUUUCUAGCCACCUCGCCAAAGAACACUCGGGCUGGGCUACAAGACUUGGCUGGGAAAUUUUCCUUAGAUUUGUUUUACGCAGCUGCAAAUGCCCAGUGUGCAUUCAUUGGCUGUCACACUGAAGACUCCUCUCUCCCCUGUUGCCUGACUAUUACGGCAUGUCAAGACUUCCCAGAGCCGUCCGUCCACAGAAAUGGCCCCAUUUGCAGUUUGUUGUCUCUGCCCAUUUACAACACUAAUAACAGCAUGGCUCUAUCCGGAGAGGGAGGGAGGCGGCCAUUCUGAAUGCCUGCUAGGGGAAGAAAACGGCUUAAUGGCCGGUGCAAAGCGCUUUGAUUGUCAAUAGAAAUAAAUAACUUUUGGGGUGCUUCCUUUUCAUUUGUACUCAUUCCCACUGAUGUCCUUGACAGAGAGGCCAUUUGCAUGUGAUAACAGCUUUCCGUUUGGGGACCUGUCGUUUUGAGAAGGCUUCCAUCCACAUCGGCAACCAGCUACGGCACCACAUCAUGAAAACAAACAUGUGUGCCGAUAUAUAUACACACACACACAGUCCAAAACCACUCUCUGUAAGUGACUAGCACACACACUGCAAAUGUCCUGUCAGAUUGGGCCUAACUGCCUGCGGCUGUUUGGUUUUGACAAAAGACUGGAGAUGAGAGAAGAGUGGGAGGGGAAAAAAUAGGGAGCGAAAGGAAGGAGAUGAGAGAAAAGAGGGAGAGAAAAGCACAAGAGGAGAAUAGACUGGAGUCCAAAGUUGUCCUAGAUAAAAGAUAGCUGUAGUCCAGGGAUCGUCAACUAGAUUGAGCUGCGGGACGAUUUAUUUCUUGAGCGGUGGUCAGGGGACUGCUAAUUGACCGCAAGAAGCCCAAACAGAUAUAACAUUUGACUAUAACAUAAUAAUUUCAAACCUUGCUUACAUUUGUAUAUGAUUACAUAUCUCUCUAUUUUGCGUGGGAAUACUUUCGAACAGAUUUCUAAAAUCUAAAUCACUUGGAGCUGAUUUGCUGGUGUUUUUACCGUCUUAUGUCCAACAUUAACACCCCAAAAAAUCUAAUAGAAUCCUGCUAUAGACACACUGCUAUAGACAGGGCUAGGCCUAAUUGCUGACCUCCACUUGUGAGUCUGUUACAGUUGGAGCUGAGAACAACUCCAGCAGUCAGUCUGUUACAGUUGGAGCUGAGAACAACUCCAGCAGUCAGUCUGUUACAGUUGGAGCUGAGAACAACUCCAGCAGUCAGUCUGUUACAGUUGGAGCUGAGAACAACUCCAGCAGUCAGUCUGUUACAGUUGGAGCUGAGAACAACUCCAGCAGUCAGUCUGUUACAGUUGGAGCUGAGAACAACUCCAGCAGUCAGUCUGUUACAGUUGGAGCUGAGAACAACUCCAGCAGUCAGUCUGUUACAGUUGGAGCUGAGAACAACUCCAGCAGUCAGUCUGUUACAGUUGGAGCUGAGAACAACUCCAGCAGUCAGUCUGUUACAGUUGGAGCUGAGAACAACUCCAGCAGUCAGUCUGUUACAGUUGGAGCUGAGAACAACUCCAGCAGUCAGUCUGUUACAGUUGGAGCUGAGAACAACUCCAGCAGUCAGUCCCCCCCCCCCCCCCCCCCCCCCCCCACCAAAGCACUAUGCUGUUGAGUACAAUCUCACCAAGCACUACUGGAGUCAAUGGAAUAAUUUGACCUCCAAGCUAGAGAGAGAAGCCGGUUUCACUUCUGUCUGAGACACAAUGUGUUUUACUGCUCUGUACUUCUCUUUGAAACACCUGCAACACGUUUAUUUUUAGAGAAGAGGUGGUCUGUAGAUGAAGGUUGCCAAAGGUGUCAACCAUAUUUUAUUCCCCACACCAUGCCCAUGACACAGCAAAGCCCCCUCACCAUGAGCCUAGCGUCCGUACCAGAUUAACUUCUUAACACCUGUUGAUCAUGUCCAGAUCACAUCACCAGACCAACCACCUGCCCCACGCUCUAUCACGUCUUUCCAUCAUAGCCUUUCAUUUUCAGUGACUCUGGCACUGAGUUGGUAGCUAGUGACACCUGUUCAUCACGUCCCUCAUAACACCUGUCGGUCAUGUCCAGACCACAUCAUCAGACCACCACCGUCACUUGGCCCACUUUCCAUCACAUCAUCAUCCUACCCCUUCAGUCCAUCAUGUUGAAGGUCUGACGAUGGCCUUUAACUUGAAGUCACUUGGCUCAUUUGCUUUGGAUGCUAGCCUCGUGUGUCUGUCUGAGUCUGUAGAGAGUAGCGAGUGAGGGCGCUGCAGAAUUUGAUUCCUCCGUCACAUUCACAUUAGUCAUGAUACAGACCCUGGACCCCUCUGAUGUGUCAGCCUUGUGAUACUUUAUAUGUGCCACAUGUUACGCAACUUUGUGUGUGUGUGUCCUCGCGCUCCCAGUCCGUGUGACUUGGCAGUGUCCCCCAGGCAUUUCAUUCCUUUCUGGAGAUUGGAAUUCGUGUUGCAGAAGUUGCAAAUCACCCACUACACUCCCUCCCUCCCUCUUUCCGUUCAUUUUAAACUUUGUAGAUUUGAUCUCUUAAAGCGUGUAUAAUUUAUAUUUUAUCCUAAGCACGGGUAAGAAAAGAUUACAUUAAAAUUAAAAGGGGAAAGAGGGGGUGAAUUGCUCUCUUUUUAAAGACUGAUUGUGAAAGCCUAAUAACAUCACUGGUAGUGAUGGAUACAGUGGCGCAUCCAGUUACUCUCUCUCUCCCCCCACUCUCUUUCUGCCUCUUGCUUUCUCUGCCCCCCUGUCUCUCUCUCUCUAUCUAUCCCUCUCUCUCUGCCUCUCUCUCUUUCUCCCCCUCUGCCACCCUCUCUCUCUCUGCACUUAAAUCCCAGGGCUAGAGCGGCAUGCUCAUCUGUGUGUUGUCUACCAGCCUACACAGCCAUCUGCAGCCUUCCUGACACCAAUACAGCUCUUAAGACCAAUUAAGAGUAGUGUUCAGCAUUGCUCCUGAUGUUGCGAUCAACACUGGCACACGGUCCUCCAUAUUAAACGCUACGAAAGGGCCUUGCAUUGCACCAAGACCUGAUAGAGACGGGAAAAACCAGAUAGUCAAUCACACUUAAUAUAGCUAUCACAACAUAUGUCCAGUGAUCUCAUAAUAUCAGCACAUGACCAUGAUGUUUUUGCUCCUUCCCUUUCAUAAGCAUUCUAAAGGUUUUGUGAGGUUAAUACUUAUCACACGUUUAGUGUGAAAUGUCCUUUACCAGUAAGGGAUCAUCACUGAUUAAGGGCUGGUGUUAAGUAUCAACGCUAACAUUUAUACACAAAAACCACCUGCUGUGCAGGGUGAGACAUUUAUAUGCCAAUGUAACACUCACAUAAAUGUAAGUCAUCAGUGCUCCAGUUCAAAGCAUUCGCGCCCCAUGCUGUGGCUAUUUCUGUACCCUGUCAUAAGCUGUGACCUGGUCUCCAUUUCAGACAUUCAAAGGGCUGGGCUCUAGGAGUACCGUGUGUGUGUGUGUGUUUUGAUAGUUGGUAGGGUGUGUGUGUUCCAGGAUAGAGAUGUUGGUAAUAACUGGGUCCUGUUCUCAGGUUCAGUCUUAUAUUCGUAGGAUCAUAGACAGCCUGUCAGUGGCCUUGUUAGCUGCCUUUAAUGGGCUGAAACAUGCAGGGAACGCAGCCGUGUUAACAGUGUAUGUAUUGAGUUGGCAGUGUGUGUUUACAGAUGGGUGAGUGUGUGGAGAUGGGUGUGUGUGUGCAUAGCUUUAGGUGUGUGUAUUGAAUGUACAGUGGGGGAAAAAAGUAUUUAGUCAGCCACCAAUUGUGCAAGUUCUCCCACUUAAAAAUAUGAGAGAGGCCUGUAAUUUUCAUCAUAGGUACACGUCAACUAUGACAGACAAAUUGAGGAAAAAAAUCCAGAAAAUCACAUUGUAGGAUUUUUAAUGAAUUUAUUUGCAAAUCAUGGUGGAAAAUAAGUAUUUGGUCACCUACAAACAAGCAAGAUUUCUGGCUCUCACAGUCCUGUAACUUCUUCUUUAAGAGGCUCCUCUGUCCUCCACUCGUUACCUGUAUUAAUGGCACCUGAUUGAACUUGUUAUCAGUAUAAAAGACACCUGUCCACAACCUCAAACAGUCACACUCCAAACUCCACUAUGGCCAAGACCAAAGAGCUGUCAAAGGACACCAGAAACAAAAUUGUAGACCUGCACCAGGCUGGGAAGACUGAAUCUGCAAUAGGUAAGCAGCUUGGUUUGAAGAAAUCAACUGUGGGAGCAAUUAUUAGGAAAUGGAAGACAUACAAGACCACUGAUAAUCUCCCUCGAUCUGGGAGAUUAUCAGUGGAGAUCUCAAGAUCUCACCCCGUGGGGUCAAAAUGAUCACAAGAACGGUGAGCAAAAAUCCCAGAACCACACGGGGGGACCUAGUGAAUGACCUGCAGAGAGCUGGGACCAAAGUAACAAAGCCUACCAUCAGUAACACACUACGCCGCCAGGGACUCAAAUCCUGCAGUGCCAGACGUGUCCCCCUGCUUAAGCCAGUACAUGUCCAGGCCCGUCUGAAGUUUGCUAGAGUGCCUUUGGAUGAUCCAGAAGAGGAUUGGGAGAAUGUCAUAUGGUCAGAUGAAACCAAAAUAGAACUUUUUGGUAAAAACUCAACUCGUCGUGUUUGGAGGACAAAGAAUGCUUAGUUGCAUCCAAAGAACACCAUACCUACUGUGAAGCAUGGGGGUGGAAACAUCAUGCUUUGGGGCUGUUUUUCUGCAAAGGGACCAGGACGACUGAUCCGUGUAAAGGAAAGAAUGAAUGGGGCCAUGUAUCGUGAGAUUUUGAGUGAAAACCUCCUUCCAUCAGCAAGGGCAUUGAAGAUGAAACGUGGCUGGGUCUUUCAGCAUGACAAUGAUCCCAAAGACACAACCCAGGCAACAAAGGAGUGGCUUCAUAAGAAGCAUUUCAAGGUCCUGGAGUGGCCUAGCCAGUCUCCAGAUCUCAACCCCAUAGAAAAUCUUUGGAGGGAGUUGAAAGUCUGUGUUGCCCAGCGACAGCCACAAAACAUCACUGCUCUAGAGGAGAUCUCAUGGAGGAAUGGGCCAAAACACCAGCAACAGUGUGUGAAAACCUUGUGAAGACUUACAGAAAACGUUUGACCUGUGUCAUUGCCAACAAAGGGUAUAUAACAAAGUAUUGAGAAACUUUUGUUAUUGACCAAAUACUUAUUUUCCACCAUAAUUUGCAAAUAAAUUCAUUAAAAAUCCUACAAUGUGAUUUUCUGGAUUUUUUUUCCUCAUUUUGUCUGUCAUAGUUGACGUGUACCUAUGAUGAAAAUUACAGGCCUCAUCUUUUUAAGUGGGAGAACUUGCACAAUUGGUGGCUGACUAAAUACUUUUUUCCCCCACUGUAUGUAUGUGUGUGUCUGCAAUGUUGGUGUGUGUCUGCAGUGUUGGGUGUGUUUGUGGGGAGACGUGUGUGCAUGUAGAGUUGGCGGUUUGAGUAUGUGUGUGUGCAGUUGGCACACUGAUGGAGUCAUUUGCCUGGCCGCAUGCUGUGCCUGAGCUGAUAGGACAGAGUUUAAAGGCGCGGCUAUGACACGUUUUCUUCCCGUAGUCUUUUGUUUCGUUCACUCGCUUGCUCUUUCUUUCGCUCUCUCGCUCAUAUUUUUUUCUUGCUUUCCCCCUCUCUCCCUCUUCUCUGUUCCUCCUCCUCCUUCUCUGUACCUUAGAGGGUGCAUCAGCAAAAUGAAAGAGGGUAGAGAGCGGGAGAAGAGGCUGAGAGAGGACAGGGGGAUAGAGAUGUGCUGUGAUGGGAAGGAUGGUGGAGGGGAGAGGUGCCUUUAAUGGUCCGUGUCACAGCCCCCUUUUAACAGGCUGGAUUACUGCUCCUUUGUGUGCUGGGAGCUCACUACCUCAGGGGGUCCGCUAGCAACACACACACACACACACACACCACUUACCCCCGCUGUCACGAUUGGCCUGGGCAACUGGACAAAGGCACAGCACUCUGAUUAAAUCAGCGGGCUAACAAGGGGAGAGGGCAGGAGAGGGAGGGGAGAGGGCGGGAGGGGGAGAUGUUUAGAGAGAGACGAAAGGUAAGGGAUUUUAGGACUAAAGGGGAUGAGAUUAGAAGCAGAGGCCUAGAUGUGGAGAGACUGGUUGAAAAGGAGGAGGAACGUAUACACUGAACAAAAAUAUAAACUCAACAUGCAACAAUUUCAAAGAUUUUACUGAAAUAAAUUCAUUAGGCCCUAAUCUAUGGAUUUCACAUGACUGGGAAUACAGAUAUGCAUCUGUUGGUCACAGAUACAGUUGAAGUCGGAAGUUUACAUACACCUUAGCCAAAUACAUUUAAACUCAGUUUUUCACAAUUCCUGACAUUUAAUCCUAGUAAAAAUUCCCUGUCUUAGGUCAGUUAGGAUCACCACUUUAUUUUAACAAUGUGAAAAUUCAGAAUAAUAGUAGAGAGUGAUUUAUUUCAGCUUUUAUUUAUUUCAUCACAUUCCCAGUGGGUCAGAAGUUUACAUGCAUUAGUAUUUGGUAGCAUUGCCUUUAAAUUGUUCAACUUGGGUCAAACAUUUCGGGUAGCCUUCCACAAGCUUCCCACAAUAAGUUGGGUGAACUUUGGCCCAUUCCUCCUGACAGAGCUGGAGUCAGGUUUGUAGGCCUCCUUGCUCGCACAUGCUUUUUCAGUUCUGCCCACAAAUGUUCUAUAGGAUUGAGGUCAGGGCUUUGUGAUGGCCACUCCAAUACCUUGACUUUGUUGUCCUUAAACCAUUUUGCCACAACUUUGGAAGUAUGCUUGGGGUCAUUGUCCAUUUGGAAGACCCAUUUGCGACCAAGCUUUAACUUCCUGACUGAUGUCUUGAGAUGUUGCUUCAAUAUAUCCACAUAAUUUUCCUUCCUCAUGAUGCCAUCUAUUUUGUGAGCGGUCUUUCAGGUUAUGUCGAUAUAGGACUCGUUUUACUGUGAUAUAGAUACUUUUGUACCUGUUUCCUCCAGCAUCUUCACAAGGUCCUUUGCUGCUGUUCUGGGAUUGAUUUGCACUUUUUGCACCAAAGUACGCUCAUCUCUAGGAGACAGAACGCGUCUCCUUCCUGAGCGGUAUGACGGCUGCGUGGUCCCAUGAUGUUUAUACUAGCGUACUAUUAUUUGUACAGAUGGAUGUGGUACCUUCAGGCAUUUGGAAAUUGCUCCCAAGGAUGAACCAAACUUGUGGAGGUCUACAUAUUUUUUUCUGAGGUCUUGGCUGAUUUAUUUUGAUUUUCCCAUGAUGUCAAGCAAAGAGGCACUGAGUUUGAAGGUAGGCCUUGAAAUACAUCCACAGGUAAACCACCAAUUGACUCAAAUGAUGUCAGUUAGCCUAUCAGAAGCUUCUAAAGCCAUGACAUCAUUUUCUGGAAUUUUCCAAGCUGUUUAAAGGCACAGUCAACUUAGUGUAUGUAAACUUCUGACCCACUGAAAUUGUGAUACAGUGAAUUAUAAGUGAAAUAAUCUGUCUGUAAACAAUUGUUGGAAAAAUUACUUGCGUCAUGCACAAAGUAGAUGUCCUAACCGACUUGCCAAAACUAUGGUUUGUUAACAAGAAAUUUGUGGAGUGGUUGAAAAAUGUGUUUUAAUGUCUCCAACCUAAGUGUAUGUAAUCUUCCGACUUCAACUGUACCUUUUUAAAAAAAAAGUAGGGGCGUGGAAACCAGUCAGUAUCUGAUGUGACCACCAUUUGCCUCAUGCAGUGUAACACAUAGAGUUGAUCAGGUUGUUGAUUUGUGUCCUGUGGAAUGUUGUCCCACUCCUCUUCAAUGGUGGUGCGGAGUUGCUGGAUAUUGGCGGGAACUGGAACACGCUGUCGUACAUGUCGAUCCAGAGCAUCCCAAACAUGCUAAAUGGGUGACAUGUCUGGUGAGUAUGCGGGCCAUGGAAGAACUGGGACAUUUUCAGCUUCCAGGAAUUGUGUACAGAUCCUUGCGACAUGGGGCAGGGCAUUAUCAUGCUGAAACAUGAGGUGAUGGCGGCGGAUGAAUGGCACGACAAUGGGCCUCAGGAUCUUGUCACGGUAUCUGUGCAUUGAAAUUUGCCAUCAAUAAAUGUGCCAUCGUUGUCCUUAGCUUAUGCCUGCCCAUACCAUAACCCCACCGCCAUUGUGGGGCACUCUGUUCACAAUGUUGACAUCAGAAAACCGCUCGCCCAAACGACGCAUAAAUGCUGUCUGCCAUCUGCCAGGUACAGUUGAAACCUGGAUUCUUCCGUGAAGAGCACACUUCUCCAGCAUGCCAGCGGCCAUCGAAGGUGAGCAUUUGCCCACUGAAGACGGUUACGACGCCAAACUGCAGUCAGGUCAAGACCUUGCGCUCAGGUGAAGAAGCCGGAUGUGGAGGUCCUGGGCUGGCGUGGUUACACGUGGUCUGCGGUUGUGAGGCCGGUUUACACGUACUGUCAAAUUCUCUAAAAGACGUAGAGAAAUUAACAUUAAAUUCUCUGGCAACAGCUAUGGUGGACAUUCCUGCAGUCAGCAUGCCAAUUGCACGCUCCCUCAAAACUUGAGACAUUUGUGGCAUUGUGUUGUGUGACACAACUGCACAUUUUAGAGUGGCAUUUUAUUGUCCCCAGCACAAGGUGCACCUAUGUAAUGAACAUGCUGUUUAAUCAGCUUCUUGAUAUGCCACACCUGUCAGGUGGAUGGAUUGUCUUGGCAAAGGAGAAAUGCGCACUAACAUGGAUGUAAACAAAUUUGUGCACAAGAUUCGAGAAAUAAGCUUUUUAUGCAUAUGGAACAUUUCUGGGAUCUUUUGUAUCAUCUCAUGAAACAUGGGACCAACACUUUACAUGUUGCAUUUCUAUUUUUGUUCAGUAUAGAUACAGUAGUGAGAUAGAUGGGUAAACGAGAGUCAUACUUCUCUCCAAGUGUUCAGAGAGUCACUGUGUCAUUAUUUGCAGUUGAAAGAGAGACAUCCCCUCACUUUAAUAAUCCUGAGGAGCCCACGCUUUGUUCUUCUGACACACCUCAUUCCCCAUCAGUUUCUUUUUUUCCUGCCGUCUAAUGACUGUAAAUCUAGUCGCUGUGUGAUUGCUAUUUCAGUCUGCAUUUUGAAACACACACACACACUCACUGUGGCAAGCUGAGACUGAGCAGGUCAAUUGAAAGGGUCUUUGACUGUCCAAAGUGCUUAAUUAAAGUAGCAGACAAAUGUAAACACUGAGCUAAUUAUGAUUAGCCUUAAUUAGCUGUCCCUCUGAUCUUAAUUGCUUUUGAAUAAAGCUGACCUCUCUGUGUGCGAGAGAGUUGCACACGUGAUGUGAAUGCAGGGUAUGCGUUUAUAUUCCCUGUUGAAUUAAAUGCUAUAUUUGUGUUCUGCUUGUGUGUGUCUAUGGCUUGAAUGUGUCCUCUCUAGAGGUAGCUUGAUGUUUCUUGUGUAUAAUAACAUUGUAUAACGUGAGUGUUCUCCUCUCCCAGGCCCUCUUGGACACAGUGGUACAGAGGAGUGAAGGCUACAGCGUGGAGCGCUUGGAGAGACUCUUCUCUCUCCUCAGUCAGUGCAUCUACCAACACCGCCUGGACUACGACAAGACACGGCUACAA